GCUUUAAGCUAUGCCCUUGCUCUGUAUCCCUCACCCACCUCGCUUCCAACACAAACAAAACCUUACAAAACUGCAGAGGAGAACAGAGAUCGAUGAUGCUGAUGCCUUGGAGGAGGAGCAGCGGCUUCCAUCUUGAGCGGAAAAGGGCAAUCGCUACCAUUCAAUCUCCAUUCCUUUUCUUAUUUACCAAUUCUUUCCACUUUUCUACUUCCACACUUCAAGAUGCUCGCUCCUUUGCAAAUAACUUCAAAUCUGCUUCUUUUACCCACCUUGAUGAUGCCCUAGCUUCCUUUAAUCAUGUCAUUCAUAUGCAUCCUCUGCCUUCUAGGGCUCAAUUUAAUAGAUUCCUAUCUGCCCUUGUGAAAAUGAAACAACAUCACACUGUUAUUUCCUUAUCCAAAACAAUUGAAUUGCUAGGUAUCUCACACGAUAUUUACUCUCGUAAUAUCUUAAUUAAUUGCUUCUGCCACUUGCACCUUCCGGAUUUUGGUUUUUCUCUAUUGGGGAAGAUGAUCAAAGUUGGAUUAGAGCCCACUAUUGUGACAUUAACUACCUUAAUCAAUGGGCUUUGUAUCGAUGGUAAAAUCGAUAAAGCAGUGGAAUUUUUCGAUGAUAUGGUUGCUGGAGGUUAUCAACCUGAUGUUUAUACGUACAGUGUGAUAGUCAAGGGACUGUGUAAAUUUGGGAAAACAAACGUGGCUAUUGGGCUGCUAGAGGGAAUGGUUGAUAGAGGUUGUGAGCCAAAUGUUGUGACAUACAAUGCAAUCAUCGACGCCCUAUGCAAGGAUGAGCUAGUUGACGAGGCUUUGGAGCUGUUCUCUCAAAUGAGGAAUAAGGGCAUUUCACCUAAUAUCAUAACUUAUACUAGUUUAAUUCACAUUUUUUGCAAAUUAGGCAAAAAGAACCAAUCUUUGGCAUUGAUGAAUGAAAUGGUGGAGCAGAACGUAUCACCUGAUGUUUAUACCUUCAGUCUAUUGAUUAAUGCUCUUUGUAAGGAUGGAAUGGUUUCAGAGGCUCAAAAUACAUUCAAAAUAAUGAUGCAAAGAGGUGUAGCGCCUGAUGUGGUCGCCUACAAUUCCUUAAUUGAUGGUCUUUGCAUUUCAGACCAAUUGAAGGAAGCUUUGGCCUUGUUGAAAGAAAUGGUGGGGCGGAACAUAUCUCCUAAUAUUUUUACCUUCAAUAUACUGAUCGACACUCUCUGUAAGAAAGGACUGGUUUCAAAUGCACAAAGUAUAAUCAAGAUAAUGGCUCAAAGAGGUGUGGACCCUAGCUUCAUAACUUGCAAUUCAAUGAUGGAUGGAUAUUGUCUUUGCAACCAAAUUGAUAAGGCUAGAAAGCUAUUUGAUUGGAUGGUGACCAAUGGAAUAGCUAACAUUGUUAGUUAUAACAUCUUGAUUAAUGGAUACUGUAAGUGCAAAAGAAUAGAUGAGGCAAAGAAACUUUUUGGUGAAAUGUCUCAUAAAGGUUUAGUUCCUAAUGUUGUUACUUAUUCUACUCUUAUAAAGGGCCUAUUUCAAGCGGGGAGGCCUCGGACUGCACAAGAGCUCUUUCAGAACAUGUGCUCUCAUAAUCAGCAGCCAAAUAUUGUAACCUUCUCAAUUAUGAUUGAUGGCUUGUGUAAAAAGGGGAAUCUUAGUGAGGCACUCGCACUAUUGAAAGAAAUGGAAAAAAGUCAGUUGAAGCCUGAUCUUGUGAUCUAUAACAUUUUGAUCAAUGAUAUGUGCAAAGUUGGAAAGAUUGAUGAUGCUAGGAAACUAUUUUCUAAUCUUUUUGAAAAUGGUUUACAACCUGAUGUUUGUACAUAUACUACAAUUAUAAAAGGACUCUCCCAAGCAGGAUUACUAGAUGAAGCCUAUGAGGUUUUUAGAGACAUGGAAAAGGGUGGAUGCUUACCGAACAAAUGUUGUUAUAAUGUCAUUAUUCAAGGGUUUCUCAGGCAUGAUGAUUUACCAAAAGCAUCAGAACUUAUCAACGAAAUGGUUGAUAAGGGAUUCUCUGCUGAUGAUACCACCACUGAAUUGGUAGUACAUUUAUCGCGCAAUGAUGAUCUCAUUCUAAGCAAACUACGAGAUCGUUCUAAGGCUUCUAAAAGUGUGAACGUUAAGUGAGAUUUUAACAGUCAACACUUGAUUAGCAGAUGCAAAAGGUCCUUGCUAUAUUAUACUUUAUGAAGUUGAUGUGUAAAUACAAUUGAAGAUUGGGUCAAGGAAGCUGUAGCAUCCAUGCGUUCUUCAAAGUGGAAGGAGUAUUUGACCAGAUUGAUGUUGGCCAUUGCACUGAUUCAAUAUAUUUACAGUUUGAGCAAUUAUCAUGUGUUAGAAAUGCAGAUACUUCUGAGAACAAAAUCUUUAUUUUGUUGGUCUUGUGAACUGAGAUGAGUCUUGUUUCCUUUUUCAGGUUGGACAAAUGUUGAAUAAGUGAGAUUAUUAAAAUUUGUCAAAAUGAUUUGCAUGUAUUUUGCCAAUUCUUGGGACAGAUGAUAAUUAAUGUAUCAUUGGCAAUAUCGGGUAAAUAACUGUGAACUCAGUUUGUGCAGAAA